CUCACGGAAGUGACGGCAGGGCGGCGAUGGCGGCUCGCAGUUUCAUUCCGGAUUUGCCGUGAACUACAAACUGAUUUUACCCCGACCGGUCUGACUUUUGGGAACUUUUCAACCAUUUUCUCUGUUCGGACGCCGCGUGGAGUGACGGCGCAUUGAAGCGGUGCUGAACAGCGAGCGGCCCGAAAGUUUCUGGGGCAUUUUUCUCCAAGGUUCAAGGUGGUCACCCUACCGAGCUAGCGAUAGCUUGUGCUGGCUACUAGCUAGUUGCUACACCGCCACUGAGCUAGCUUGUCAACGAGCUGCGUGGUGAGAGCCACACAGCAGCAGCCGUGCACACACACACACACACACACGCUCAGAAAAAAAAACUGUUGACCACGUCCACAUUUUUACAAACUGUUUUCUAUCCUAGUUGUACCGCGGAUGUUUUUUUGCCCGGUGAUAAGUUGUGCCACAAGUGUGCAGAGCGAGGUACUCACACGUUUGCUUGGCCUCUACUUUAAUUUCCACUGCUUGUUUGGCUGCCGUGGCUAAAGACGGGUUUUAAUAGCACCGCCAGACAAGUUUCUUUUUUUGUAAAUAUCGCUAAAUAACUCCGGACGAGCGUGCCAUCGAGUACCAAUUCAAAGUUUGGCUCCUGUUGGGUCUUUGCGUGCUCAUCAACAUGCUGAAGACCCGACAGUGUUUACUCGGCAUUCGCACUUUCCUCGGAGUUACGUCCAGAAUAUGGGGCUUCAUCUUAUACAUUCUCAGGAAGCAUCUACGAACGAUAAUCCAGUAUCAGACGGUGCGAUAUGACACUUUGCCUCUGUCACCCAUCUCCAGAAACAGACUGAAUGCAGUGAAGAGGAAGAUCCUGGUCCUGGACCUCGACGAGACUCUGAUCCACUCUCACCAUGACGGGGUCCUCAGACCCACAGUGAGACCUGGCACGCCGCCAGACUUCAUCCUCAAGGUCGUCAUUGAUAAACACCCAGUCAGAUUCUUCGUACAUAAAAGGCCACAUGUCGACUUCUUUUUAGAAGUGGUGAGCCAGUGGUACGAGCUGGUGGUGUUCACGGCCAGUAUGGAGAUCUACGGUUCGGCAGUGGCAGACAAGUUGGACAACAACAGGAACAUCCUGAAACGCAGAUACUACAGACAGCACUGUACAUUGGAUCUAGGUAGUUAUAUUAAAGACCUGUCCGUAGUACACGAUGACCUGUCCAGUAUUGUCAUUCUGGACAACUCACCUGGCGCUUAUCGCAGCCAUCCAGACAAUGCAAUACCCAUCAAGUCCUGGUUCAGCGACCCUAGUGACACAGCACUUCUUAACUUGCUGCCUAUGCUGGAUGCACUAAGGUUCACCGCUGAUGUCCGCUCCGUCCUCAGUCGAAACCUCCACCAGCACCGGCUCUGGUGAUUGGCUGAACCGAGAGGGGCGGGGCUUGUCGACCGGUCCUUCCCUCUCUGCCGGCUUCCGUCCUGCCCUCCGUUCCCACACAGACGACCCGCCAGCCCUCAAGGAGCCUCUCUCAGAAGGGCACUGAGGAGACGAGGGUUGGGGCGACCGCCUAACAUGGGAUGAACAGUAUGGGAUCAUCAGAGCCCGCAAACUACUGGGGAGGGAUGGGGGAGCCAGCUUGUUUUCCUUUUUCUUUUUUUUUUUUUUUCUUCUUGAUUGUUUAUUUGUAUUUUUUUUUUUUCCAAAACAAAUGGAGCCUCUCUGCCUUAUAGCUCCUGAUACUGACUGUGUGCAUAUGGAGGUGAGUUUGUGUACUUGAGUCGGAGUAUGCUUGCUGCGUUCGAUAGUCUUUUUAAACUUUUUUGACGACUGGGACUGGGGAAAGAGAAGGAUCAGCAAGGCAACAAAGACAGUUCUCCAUUAUUUCUUCUUCUUCAUCACCUCGGACUUUGCACUUCAAUAGAUGACAGCCCAUCAUUUUACUGUCUUUACCUCAGAGAGGGACUAGGCAGGGGAAAAUACGAAACCGCCCCUUUUAGAUCAACCUCGUAUCCCAAAAGUGAAUUGUUGGGUCUGGUACUUUUUUUUUUUUUUUCUCAGAAGAAUGGAUAAAUGUAACUGGUGUGAUGAAGUUUUUUCUUGCAAUCUACCAUCCACAAAAGUUUUUUUUUUCUGGAUAAAUAGCCAGACAGCCUGAGAUUUUUUUUUUUUAAUAAUAUUAUUUUUUUUUUCCAACCACAACCAUCACUCAUUCCCCAACGCUCCUUAUGGGACUCAGUGAUAAUAGACUGGACUGAAAAGUUGUGAGAAAAAAAGAAUGGCUUGUAAAGAUAUGUGGACUGCUGUGCCGCCUUUCAAUAUCUGAUUGUUUCUCUAUUACCAUAAUGUAUGAUAAAAAUGACUUCUGGAUACCAUGACAUUUCGCUCUCCCCUUUUCGCCAUUUGAUGCCAUCCUAAUUUCAAAUAAUAGGACUUGCACUUAUUUUUCUCUCCCUUCUGUUUUUGUUGCAGUUGGUUUUGUAUUUGAUUCAGAAUUUGCAACCUGCCCCAUUCGAUUUUUACCUGCUCCCCUUAAUGUAUGGGUUCAACUAUUAGACCCUCCGUCUUAAAAUGCCUUCUGAACACUGUCGGUCUUGUCAAGGCUCACAACAGCUUCUUAUUGGCUCUGUCUCCAGGUCUGUGUUACUAAUAAAACACCUGUCAGUAUCGACCA